AGAGCUGUAUUGGCAGUGCGGAGUUAUAGCAUAGUGGAGCCUGUGGAGACAGACUGCCUGCUGUUUAUUGAAUUGUCUGGGGGUUCUGUGUCUCAGCUGCUAGAUACUGGGCAUUUAUUUGUGGCAUUGCCCAAGUUAUUAGUUGUUUCUCUGUGCAGUCAUUAGUGGUUAGAUAGAGCCUGGUUUAUUAUCUGAACAUUAGUUGCUGUAUUUGGUUACAUAGUAUAUGGGUUUAGUACAGAGUUUGGGGAGAUUGUACCUUUUAGUGUAUUUGCAAAGGGCUGGUGUGCAGUCACUCUGUAACUGUGUUUAUUGUGUGACAUGGUUAGCCAUACAUACAGGGAGUGGUUCUUUUACAAGUUUUUAAUACUCUUGUAAUGUCUGACCUGCUUUCCCCCAUCACUGCUGCUUUCGGUUUGUGAGUCACAUCUCUGGGCUACUGUCUGCUCUGUCCUGGGGCUGCCAGGAUUGUUAGGGAUGAAAUAGAAGACUUGCACUUUGGGUAUCAUUGUUUGCCGAGAUGAUGCUGGACUUUCAUACUACAUUUAAUCUCACUAGAGAUGUCAUGCCCUGGAUCCUUCUCCAUGGAUCAACUGAAAAUUGUGGUGAAAAAUCCGUCUCUGCAUGGGGACAUACAGAACCUGAAAGGCAAAUUUCAGACUCUGCAGAGCAAAGCUCAAGGACCCUCCGAAUGGUGACUGUGGAGAGAAAUGGAAAUAUUUUAUAUACUUGGAAGGGAACACAUGGUUUACCCUGCAUUGGACUUUAUGACCCACAUUUGUCACAAAAUCAGCUGCUCUAUUAUUUUGAGGAAGAUGUUCAUAUUAUAAGCUGUUCAGUGAACCAUGAAAAAACUUUACUUGCUGUCAGUUACUGCAUUUCAUCUGAAGAAACCAGACGUCUACCUCAUUGGUCAGGUUUAAGGUACAUGGCAAUAUUGGUGGAAAUACAACCCAUCAACAAUGUGAAAGUUCUCAAAGUAGUGGAUGCCAGUAUGAGAGUUCAGUUUUUAUACCCAACGGAAGGAUGCCAUCAAUUUCCUGAAAGUCAUCUUUUGGUGGUUUCAGAUGAAAAGUAUAUUGAAUUAUGCCAUAUAAGUGUUGUCACUGAAGAUGGAAAUAAUGUGGUAAUCGCAAACACCGGUCACUUUCCUAAAGACAGAAUAGCAGAAGAAGUUGUAUGGGCACAGUGGGAUGCUCCGGGACAGAGGCUUUUCUUUAUCAUCCCUAAGCGUUCCAGCUGCGUUUUGCAUUGUGUGCAGUUUUAUCCUGAUGAUCAUUUUAAAUUUGUAUUUGAAGUUCCUCUUGAAAUCACUCUUUCUAAACAGACAUUAAGUCUAGUUAACCUAGGUUGUGACACACGUGAAGACAGAGGGAAGGGGAGAACAGCAGCUCUAAAUCUACAGGUGUUUACAAAUAAAACUGGUGGUUUGUGCCUUAUUUAUGUUCAUCCUUUCCCAGUUGCACAGGAAAUACAUUAUCAAGUUGUAUAUUUACAUAAAGGGUACGUUAACACAUUCAAAGCAGCAACAACAAAGCCAGACACUGUGCCACUGAAUACAGUCUCUUUUAUACACCUUGAUAGCUAUAUCGCUGUGUACGUACCCAACCAGGCAUUACAUAUGAUAAACACAAGACACCCUGAACUGAUGUGUUACAACUUGUUCUUAACAGGAGUAGAUGCCCAGUUAAAUGGGAUAUGCUCUGAUUGCAGUGUGCAGUCUGCAUGGAGCUCAUGUGCUAUAGAGUGCUGUACCGGCAUUGUAUUCUCAGUCAGUGUUAACACAGAGACUCUCCCGGGCCUCCUAUCACGAACAAAACUGGACUGCGAAAGGCUGGCAAUUCUCCACUUUGUUCUCUUGCAUCACUCGCAAUUGGAAAAUAAGAUUCUUGAAUGGAUGUGUGAUCAUCUCUCAGUUUGCCAAAGCUUCGAUCCCAUACAAGAAUUCAUCAUUGCAUCUUCUUAUAGGAAAUUCAGUGUGGAAGCCGUUCAUCUGGAUAAACUAUUGCCAUAUACAUCAGUACCUUUUUGGAAUGAGGAAAUCCCUGGUGUGUCAUGUGUAACAGAAAUCACAGAUAUGCCAAUUCUGAAGAUUGGAACCUUCAAAGGAUUCUGGGAAACCUUCCAUUCAGAGCUUGAAUACAUGAAAGUGUCUCAACGACGUUUCUGGCAUAGUGACAGCAGAAGAGAUUGGAAAAAAUUGAUCAAUGAAGUGGACACCAGGGAAAAGAGAAAUGCCAUUUAUCAACGCACAGUGUUGGAAAAUUCAAAAAAGGUUAUUUUAAACAUGGGAACUUGGACAAAUGAACGCAGAAGAGCACCAUUACUUUGUGAAGAGGACUACCACGACAAGGAGCUCAUGGGACUAGUGAUGGUUAAGUUAAAAGAUCACUUGUCACUGCAUCUGCUUCAUGUAGGAAAAAGCAAGAUUGAACAGAUUGUUGUGGAUUAUGUAUCAAAACAGUUGGAUCUUGUCUGUCUGAUAGUGGAAGUUUCGUGGAAACGAUACAACGUGGACCCUCGUGCUUUUGGCUUCCAUGGCAAAGCCAAUACCUCGGAGUAUUACAUAUUUCAGAUCCUGUGCUGCAUAUCAGAAGCGGCAGGUAAAAUGUGCAUGCCACUACCCCCUGGUUACCAUACUUUGCACUUAGUUCUUGGGGUGCGUUGUCUGCCUCUUGAAAAUUUUCUUCAUUGUAUAGACAGUGGGAUCCUACAGCUGACAGAGGCCUUUGUCAUCAAACUUUUUAAAGAACUGAAUGAUGAUGCGAAGAAUGAGAGAAUAAAACACAGCAUAAUUCUCCGUCUUCCUGAGAGAAUUAGUGAAAAAGUACAUCAUCUAUGGGAUCAUGCUGUCAGCAACAACUUAAUAGCCAUGAAAUAUGUGAACCAGUUACUGUCCAGGUUUAAAAAAAGAGAAAAUGAGCUUCCAAGACAGACACAACCAGCACAACGCAUUGGAUUCUUACCUCUAAAUUAUUUAAUCAUGAUGCUAUCUGAUGUGGAAGACAGAACAUUAAAUAAUCCCUUUGAAGAGGAUAACAUAGAUGCAGCAUAUUUGGAGGAAAUUGCCUUGAAACAAACUGCGGUUCUCCUGGGUUUACAAAAGAACUAGAAAAUAAAUAUCUAUUUUUUUAUGUAUAUAUAUUUUUUUUUUUUUUUACACAAUUUUUAAAUUCCAAUCAAUUUUUCUUAAAAUAUUUAGUGCAUGGAAAAGGGAACGCAGUUAAAAUAAUAACAUUUCCAUUGUGUAUAUUCCCCUGUAGCGAUGUUACUGUUUGAUAUAGUAAUCUUGCAGUAACAUCUAUGUCUGCUAUGAGUGUUGUCAUAGACAGGCACCAUUUUUACAUCAGACAAUGUCUUAAUGUGCAUUAAGAUACUAGCUGAUUCUUAAUGCAUAAACUGUAUGCUGGCAAAACCUUGGUUUUAAUCUGAAACUUAAAACCAUAUUUGCACAGAAAGAAGUUAUAGAAGUGAAUUGGUAUUCCUCAUAGGAAGCACGUUAUCUUGGAGUACAUGUAUCAUGUAUUGUGAAAUGUUGCUGCUUGUACAAAUGUUCGUGUUUCUCUUCCAUGCAUGUCUUUCACUCAGAUGUGUAAAGCCAGAAUUGACUGGAAUUUCAAUGAAAUAAUUGCCUGUAUAGUAUUUUUUUGUUUUAGUAUGCACUGUAUUGUAUGUUGCUGAUGUCAGAAUUGUUAUGUAACAUCUAUAAGUAGUUCAGGAAACAUAACUAUAAUGCUCUUUUAUGUCUUUUAUGUACCACUGACAUGUGCAAGCCAAGCUGUGUAUUUCUUCUGUUGUCUUUUGUGAUUGUGUUGCCAAAUAUCUUAUUUAAAACCAUGAAAAUUUUCUGAACAAAGUGCUAUAAAUUAAAUAUUUUAUAAACAAAAUGACCUUGGUCUUACAUUGUUACCCUUUGAUCAGGGCUGUGAUGGUCGCUGAUCAAUAAACAAGCUGCAAUGAUUCACAUCUACUUGGGCUCUUCAACAGGCCAAGUCAGAAACUUAAAAGUAGAAAUGU